GUCCGUAACGGCGGAGAGAGGAGGUAGACGGGCGGGAGCCGCCUCCUUCUCUCCGCCCCUCCGCCACCGCCCGGCCUCACGGGUGCAGCCCGGCUGCGGGGCGAGGGAACCGCGCUGCUCCUCGGCCGGCAGCCCCCCCUCCUCACCCUCGGGGCGCUAUGAGCCAUGAAGCCGCCCGGCAGCAUCUCCCUGCGGCAGCCGCGCUGCGGCCGCCGCCUCCCCGCCGCCGCCGCCUGCCGCCCCACGCUCCUGCGGCUCCUCGGCCGCCUCGUCUCGCUGCUCCUGCUCCUCCAUGGCUCGUCCUGCCCGCGGGCCCGCGCGGCUACAGCGGCCGCCGACCUGCAUUGGAAUGAAACAGCAGGCGGUACAGGGGGAGUACUGGCAGAUGAAGAGAAUACAUUUCAACAGAAUAAAAGCAGUAACAGUAAAAAUAACAGCUACAGCAAUGCAAUCCAGAAAGAAAUCACACUGCCUUCAAGACUAAUCUAUUAUAUCAACAGAGACUCUGAAACCCCUUACCAUGUCCUGGAUACUAGGGCAAGGCACCAGCAGAAGCAUGACAAGGCUGUACAUCUGGCCCAGGCAAGUUUCCAGAUUGAGGCCUUUGGCUCCAAAUUCAUCCUUGACCUCACACUGAAUAAUGACUUGUUAUCUUCCAAUUAUGUGGAAAUUCACUAUGAAGAUGGGAAACCAAAGUUUUCAAAGGGUGGAGAGCAUUGUUACUACCAUGGAAAUAUCAGAGGUAUCAAGGACUCCAGAGUUGCUAUUUCAACUUGUAAUGGACUUCAUGGCAUGUUUGAGGAUAGUACUUAUUUGUACUUGAUAGAACCAAUGGAUUUGACCCAUAGUGCCGAAAGUAAAAGUAGGCCACAUACCAUCCAAAGAACACAAGCCACCAAGCAAUUGCAGGACCUUGAGACUGAAUCUAGUUCUGAAUGGCCCUAUCUGUCUGAACUACAGUGGCUGAGGAGAAAGAGAAGAAAGAGAGCAGUAUCUCGUGGUGUCUUUGAAGAAAUGAAAUAUCUGGAGCUCAUGGUAGUCAAUGACCAUAAAAUGUUCAAAAAGCACCGUUCUUCAAAUGCAUACACAAACAAUUUCGCAAAGUCUGUGGUAAACCUUGUAGAUGCUAUAUACAAGGAACAGCUGAACACCAGGGUGGUUCUUGUUGCUGUGGAAACUUGGACAGACAGAGAUCGUAUUCACAUUCACCCUGACCCUCUGCAGAUGCUUCAUGAUUUCUCCAAAUAUCGACAGCAGUAUAUCAAACAGCAUGCUGAUGCUGUGCACCUGCUCUCGAAUGUGACAUUUCAUUACAAAAGGAGCAGCCUAAGUUACUUUGGAGGGGUUUGCUCUGUGACCAGAGGAGUAGGAGUGAAUGAGUAUGGCCUCCCUUUGGCCAUGGCACAGGAAUUAGCCCAAAGUCUUGCUCAGAACCUUGGAAUACAAUGGGAGCCAGCUGCCAGGAAACCGAAGUGUGACUGCACUGAAUCCUGGGGUGGUUGCAUCAUGGAGGAAACGGGGGUAUACCAUUCCAGGAAAUUCUCCAAAUGCAGCAUUGCAGAAUACAAAGAGUUCUUACUUCGUGGCGGAGGUGCCUGCCUUUUCAACAGGCCAACAAAGCUUUUUGAAACCACUGAGUGUGGAAACGGAUAUGUAGAAGCAGGAGAAGAAUGUGAUUGCGGUUUCCGAAUGGAGUGCUAUGCAGAUUGUUGUAAGAAGUGCUCUCUUUCUAAUGGAGCUCACUGUAGUGAUGGACCCUGCUGUAAUACAUCAUGUCUUUUUUUCCCACGGGGCUAUGACUGUCGAUACGCAGUGAAUGAAUGUGAUAUUGCAGAGUUCUGCACUGGGGAUUCUGGCCAGUGUCCACCAAAUCUUCAUAAGCAAGACGGGUAUGCCUGUGAUUCUAAUCAGGGUCGUUGCUAUAAUGGUGAAUGCAAGACAAGAGAUAAUCAAUGCAAAUAUAUCUGGGGAUCUAAGUCUUCAGGAUCUGACAAAUUUUGUUACGAAAAGCUUAAUACAGAAGGUACAAAAAAAGGAAACUGUGGAAAAGAUGGAGACCGAUGGAUUCAGUGUAGCAAACAUGAUGUUUUCUGUGGCUUUUUGCUCUGUACUAAUCUUACGAGAGUUCCACGAGUUGGCCAAGUUCAAGGAGAAAUUAUUCCAAACUCUUUUUAUCAUCAAGGACGAAUAGUGGAUUGCAGUGGUGCUCAUGUUCUUUUAGAUGAUGAUACAGAUUUAGGUUAUGUGGAGGAUGGAGCUCCAUGUGGACCUCAGAUGAUGUGUCUGGACAAAAAGUGCCUGCCAAUUCAGUCCUUGAACAUAAGCAGCUGUCCCAUUGGUUCUAAUGGAAAAGUCUGUUCUGGUCAUGGGAUUUGUAGUAAUGAAGCCACUUGCAUUUGUAAUUUCUCCUGGGCUGGGACAGACUGCAGUAUUGAUGAUCCUAUCAGGGAUACUGGUAGCAAGAAGGAUGAAGGACCCAAGGGUCCUAGUGCCACCAAUCUUAUUAUAGGCUCCAUCGCUGGUGCCAUCCUGGUAGCAGCUAUUGUCCUUGGGGGGACAGGAUGGGGCUUUAAAAAUGUCAAAAAACGAAGGUUCGAUCCAAGUCAACAAGGCCCUAUCUGAAGAAAUGUGUUUCAAGGAGCUGCUUCUUGCACUACUGGAUUUUGGGUAUGAUGUCUUUGCUGUAGCUGCACACAAACUAACUCAGUAAGGAAGAACAUGAGAAACUAACUAUAAACACAGUGUUGGAAUGUUAAGCUUUGAGGCAGCAGAAGACUCUCCUUUUUGGAGAUAAGUUCAGAAUACUUCCUCUAUUCACCUUUCUCCUGUUAACAUUAACUGACAAAGCGUUACAAGCAAACUGUUUCAGAAUCAGGUGGGGUUUUUCUUUUCUCAAACAAAGGAGGAGACACACAAACCAAGUGCAAUAAGAGAACUGUUCCAAAAAUAACGAAAUAGCAGCAGAUUUUUUCCCCAGCCUGCUGGCACUCUGACUUCACUUGAGUUCGCAUGACUUCCUUUUUCUUACCAAACUCCAGUGGCAUGAGGAGCUAGUUCUGAAAGGGUAACCUGCAUGGCUCACAUACAGACAACCAAGCUCGCAAGCUGACCCCAAGCAGAAUCUGCAGCCCAAUAAAUGCAAACCACUGGGAAGCCGGUACCAGGCUCCGAUAGCUUUUCCAACUGCACAGUGCAUUUCACCACUGGACUCCAGUGUUCCCUGCUCUAGGAGCUCGCUCUCUACCUUGGUUUGGUCUCCUGGGCCAGGAGUCUGUUGGGUAUGGAAGCCACCGAGUGGUGGAUGCAAUUCUUCCAAGAAGGAAAAAGUGUAAAUAUGGAAAUAAGAUUUUGAUGUAUCAUUUUCACAGAUUAUAUAUAUAUAUAUAUAUAUAUGAGAAAAGGAUUUCCAUAUAAAAAGUUCUAUUCUUUAUGUAAAUCUAUUUUUGAUGUUGGGUUUGGUUUUGGGUUUUUUUGCUCCCCCUUUUUUUUGGUAGCAUGUUGUACAGCGGAUGUUCUGGGCUUGCUCAAAAAAGGCAGAUAAUAGCAUGCAGAUGCAGGGAGUUCUGACACCAAACAGAUGUGAUCUGAAGUUUGUAUGCUUGAAACCAAAAACAAUUAAAAUGUAUAAAUACAUAUCUAUGUAUUGACUAUAA